AUGGACCUUUCAGCUGCUCCGAGUAUAAGUCCCCCGGUCUACAAAGCCAAAUAUUCCCGAGCUUGCACAUUCUGCAGGAAAAAGAAAGUAAGGUGUGAAGGAGGUUAUCCGUGCAAACAAUGCGCCGAUCAUGAUGAAAUAUGUGCAUUUACCGGGCGCCGACGGUUUGUGCGGAAACCACGGGCCGCCUAUGAAACAGUCUCUGCACGUCUCGGUCGACUAGAGGGGUUGAUCAAUUUGACAUCUGCACCACGCGAGGACUCUCACGCUGGUCAGGCUCCUAGCAGGGACAGAGAUGAAGCUCUACUUUUCCAGGAUGAUUCUCCUUCAACACAGGCCCAGGUUUCCUCAGAGAACGACGUGUCUGUGCUCGCGAACCCGGGAAGCGAGAAGGCAUCCGCGCCCUUUUCACAACUGCCACAGUCUCAUAUUUCUUUGCAACGAUACGAGCGCCAGAUGAAUGCUUUCGCAUCACCAAAUUUCCAGAACGACCACUGGUAUGUUGGACGAGAUGUGAAUGACACCCAUUCCUCCGGCUUCGAGCCCUCUCUAUCUGAUGCUAUGCCGGCAACAAUGACGACCGUGAAUGCAAAGGUCCCUAGCACCAUCGAAACUCAGACAGACUUAGCCGCCCCAUUUCCAGAGGAACCGGGCUCACAAGAAACUUCCAGCCUUAUUGCAGACGAGAUGCUUGCUCAAGGGCCAAGAUGUAUCAUGUCUAUCUGCUCGCAGCCUGCCAUCAGUUGGGUGGAGAGCAAGGUCAAAAUGCAAGGGGUCAGGGCGUCUAUUCUUCGAUUCACAGAAGACAUCACACGAAGGAUGAAAGUAGGACCGGAAAGCUUCCUGCAGUCAAGAACCCGGGCGCCUGAGCCAACGAAAGACAUCGCUUGGCUGUAUACCGAUGUAUUUUUUGACAAGUGCUUUGAAGCUGACAUCGGUAUUGUCGACAGCAACUGGUUCAGAAGCAGAUUGACCGAACAUCUCUUGAACAACACGCGAGACUUGGAGGAUCCUUCAUGGUAUGCACUCCGCUAUACAGUGUUUGCAUUUGGAUGUCGAGUCUCCCUUGGCAAAUCACAGUCUUUCUCGAGGGCGGUAGAGGCCUCCGUAGCCUUAUUCGAGAAUGCUUUGUCUGUUCAGCCAGACAUAUUACAAUGUCGCUCUUCGAUAAUCAGUGUAAGGGCCUUAUUAUUGAUGGCGUGCUUUAGUGAAGGGAUUGGCGCCCCUCACCUUGAAUACAUGUUGGCAUCGAAUGCGGUGAGAUUAGCGAUAUCAAAAGGUCUUCAUCGCCAGCCUUCAUCUACUUGGAAUUGGCCACAGCAAGAGAUACGCAAACGGAGCAAGCUGUUCUGGACUCUCUAUGCACUUGACAGACAGAUCGCCUCUCGAUCUGGACGUCCACCAGCCAUUGACGACGACGAAAUCAGCUGCGAUGUGCCCAACACGUUAUUACUUAACGACGUUGGAAGUGACACACUUUUCACGAUAUGCAUCAAGCUCAGUCAAAUUCAAUCUCGUGCAUAUAAACAUCUUUCCAGUGCUCGAGCCCUUCGCCAAUCUACCGAAGACCUAAUCAAAGCAGUGGCUGAGCUGCAUGAAGAGGUUGUCUUGUUUAAGCAAUCCAUCAACCAUAUCAUCUCACUUGACGAACAAUUAGAUGAGAUGUCGAUGCCACGGACCAUGACCAUGUUCUCACUAAUCAUGAUUUACUUUCUAUACUAUAGUGUUUUGUUUGACAUUCACAGCCCGUUGGUGCUUCCCUGGUUCGACUUUGCCAGAUCAAAACGGCCCGAUGCUUUCCAUUCUCAGGUCCAGGAUUCGUGUGCCAUUGUCUCCAGAACAGCGCGGGCGGCUAUACUGGCCUGCAGAUUUGUUCAGCUUGGCGCAAACACUCCAGUCCUAUUCGCCAUGUAUAUACCCCAUCGAGCGCUUAUACUGCUCUUCACGCAUAUUUUGAAUAACCCAGCUGCUGAAACAGCUCAGUCAGAUCUUGUUUUGAUGGAAAUUGCCUCUGGCUUCAACUCCCGACUUGAAUUUGCUACAGAAGGCUCUUUUUCGUUUCCAUUCGCUAAAGAAUGGGUAAUGUUCGCGUCUGCAGCCGUGAGUCGAGCAAGAUCGGCAAGGGUUGUACAUCCCCAAGCCAUCGAGCCGAAGACUUCAGGAGUCCUAGGAACAGACAUCGAUACUGACACAAAUAAUUCUGCCUUGAAUGAAGAGGAGUGUCUCCAAGAAUUGUUCGACCCGGAAUUUGAGGUCGAUAUGGAAUUAUGGAGUACUCUGGUGCCCGUGACCACCUCAGAGCCCUUUAAUCUGAGCCCCUUCACCAGCUUGACUCAAUAA